CGACUUUUUGAUAGCUGUGCCGUUUAGCGCUCAUCUCGUGGGAAAAUCACAACGGUCGACGUCCACGGUCGCGCUCCGCGACUUUCAUGCUACUCGAAUUACGAUAGAGUCGGACACACAGACAAAGUCAGCACUUCAGUCACCGCUCAGCGGACGAUACCGAAUGACAGCGCCAGACAAUCAACCAAAUUAAUGACGGGGAGACUCAAGGCCAAAAUCAGAGGGCCUCUCAAGAGGCAACUUGGAACUGCCACAGAAGACGCGUCAGAAUUCGACAAGUCUUGGUCACUCCUUUCUGAUGCAUUCACUGAGAUCCAUCGUCGGAAUGCCGGGAACUAUUCUUUUGAGCAACUCUAUCGCAAUGCAUACCAGAUUGUGCUGAAGAAGCAAGGCGAACGACUCUACGAGGGCUUCAGCACUAUUGUCGAAGAACACCUAUCCACUAUCAAUUCGACAGAUCUUGAACGAGCAUAUGUUCCACUGGUUGCCGGCAAAGCGCAGGCAACGACGGCUGUUGAUGCACUGGAAAUCCGGGCAGCGUUCUUGUCAGCAAUUCUCGAAGCCUGGUCAUUUCACUGUCUCUGCAUGGGCAUGAUAUCAGAUGUUCUCAUGUACAUGGAUCGUGUCUAUUCCAAAAAUGCCCACAAGCCACUCGCAUAUGAUACCGGCUUGAUCAUCUUUCGCGACACACUACUGCACUCGAGACAAACACCGACGGGCGAGCGCCUCGUACAGGCAAUCUUGGAUCUCAUUGCGGCUGAGCGAGCUGGCGCAUUGAUAGAUCGUCCGCUCAUCAAGGCUAGUCUUGAAAUGCUGGCCACGCUUGAUGUGACAAAUUCAGAUGGCGUGAAUACCGUUUACGGCUCGGAUUUUGAAGUGCAAUUCUUGAAUGUCAGUCGAGCCUUCUACAAGCAAGAGGCUGCCGACUACAUCAGCUCAUUAUCUAUUGGAGAAUACUUGCUACAUGUCGAGCGGCGACUGACGGAGGAGGUUGACCGCGCCCUUUCUUAUAUGCAGGCGAGUACCCAUCAACUCAUCGUUUCAAUUGUGGAGCAGGAAAUGCUAGCCGCCCACUUGGUCUUCAUCGUUGAGGCAGAGUCCGGUUUGAGCGCAAUGUUACGGCUAGCAAAAGUCGAGGACCUGAGUCGACUUCACGCAUUGCUCUCCAGAGUGGACGUUGAUCAUCUCGUGCACAAUGACAAGAUGACCAAGCUCAUUGCCUUGUCCGGCGAGCGAAUCAAUGCGUCACUUCUCGAGGAAGGUUCUGCUGUCAUGAACGACAAAUCAGGCGCAUUGCAAUUAGCACUUCGCUGGGUGCAAGAGGUCUUGGAUCUUCGUGACAAGCAUACCGAGUUGCUGCACACCGCGUACAAAUCUGACCAGUCAGUCGCUAACGCAAUAACUCUGGCAUUUUCAAUUUUCAUCAACCAAAAUGACCGGGCGGCAGAAUUCAUCUCGCUUUUCAUUGACGAUCAUUUGAAAAAGGGAUUGAAGGGCAAGUCCGAAGAGGAUGUGGAUAUGGUCCUAGAUAAGACUGUCAGCCUCUUCCGCUACCUGCAUGAUAAAGAUAUGUUUGAGCGAUAUUAUAAAACUCACCUGGGCAAGCGCUUGCUCAGCGGUAGGUCGGUCUCGGAUGACGCUGAAAGGGGGAUGAUCGCGAGGCUCAAGGUGGAAAUGGGUUCAAACUUCACAAAUAAGAUGGAGGGCAUGUUCAAGGAUAUAAAGCUGUCCAACGACAACAUGAAGGAAUUCUUAAGCGUCCAAAUUCGCGAUGGCAAUGUGCCCUUGCACGCAACUGUCUUGACAUCAACAUUUUGGCCUUUGACUGCUUCAGAAAUUGCUGGGCGGAAUGAUUGCUGCUACCCGGCAGAGAUCGACGAACACUGCCGGGCGUUCCAGGAGUUCUACCUCAAGCGCUUCACUGGUCGCCAGUUGACGUGGAUCCCAAGUCAUGGAACCGCCGACAUCAAAGCAAAGUUCGGGGCUCGAUCGUAUGAGCUGAAUGUUUCAACAUAUGCCAUGGUCGUCCUUUCUCAAUUUAAUCAAUUGUCGAAUGGUGCUUCCUUGUCCACUGCAGAGUUACAAGAGCGAACACGAAUCAACUUGGCUGACGUGACGCGGACACUUCAAAGUUUGGCCUGCGCCAAAUACAAGAUAUUGUCGAAGCAACCAAAAUCGCGAGAUGUACUUCUCACUGAUCGCUUUCUGAUCAACGAAGCAUUCACAAAUGCACAGUCUCGCAUCAAAAUUGCAACGAUAGCCAACAAAGCGGAGACGAACGCCGAGCACAAAGAAACAAUGGGCCGAAUAGAGGAAACACGGAAGCACUCGAUAGAAGCAUGCCUCGUCAGAAUCAUGAAGGCGCGCAAGGUUGCUGACCACAACAAUCUCAUUGCAGAAGCCACACAGCAGUUGAGCUCCAAAUUUGCACCAGAUCUCACGAUGAUCAAGGGUCGUAUUGAAUCUUUGAUCGAAAGGGACUAUCUUGAGCGCGACGAGCAAAACAGGAAGCUUUAUCGCUAUCUUGCGUAGUUGCAAUGCCCGUCGUCCACUUUGCAGCGUGUCUACAGGCAAUGGUGGUCGAGAAGGCGAUCUGACAGCUUAUCUGAUUGUCGAGUAGCAUACCAGGAUAGCUGAUAAUGUACAUCGAUUGAUCUGAAACGAAAGAACUGUUAUGGGCCUGGCUAGUAUGAUGCGCAUAGACAUGUAUAGUUGUGGUCUGUACACUACAUGCUGAUGAAGCACGUCAUAUAUAUUUGAAACAUCAAG